AUGAAUGAUCCCAGUAGCAAUAGCAAUAACAAUAACAAUCAAGAACUCAUGCAACUGAAACCAGAGGAGCUCCAAGACUCGGGGGAGCCGCCCUUCGCCUUGCUCCGCCUCAACAACCACCAACUCUGCACCUCUUGCGGCUGCUCUGGCUCCAACCCCAUAUUGAAACGACGCUCUCCCUCGUCGUCUUCCUCUUUCCAAGAUCCACUCCACCCUGACCCCUCCCACUCCGAACCCAAUCCCAAGAGGCUCUUCUUCGAGCCAGACGACCUCACCCUCCGUGGUUUCUCCAAGGUCUCCCUCGGCCCCUCACCUCCGGCCCAGCCCCAUUCUCCUCUCCGCCGCUGCGUUUCGGACCCGGCCCCCGCCACCGCUUUUGUCUCCCCUCCGAUGGCCCCUUUUGCCGAUGCCUCAGUUUUUCAGGUCCAGAACCCGAACCCGAACGCUCCUGAUCACUCUCCGGAGCACGCGAGGACUGGCAUCAUCCCGGUAACGCCGCCUUCGAACACUAGGUUGCCACCUCUGCCGCCGUCUCUGUGUCGGUCGGUGUCCGACCCUUCUCCGUCGCCGGCGAAGGCCUAUUCACGUUCGUCGAGUUCUGGGGAUGUAAGUGUGGGUUUGGCCAAGAAACAGACUCCCGAUUCCAAGAAGAGGCUGAGAAGGAUGAAGGCUUGUAUGAGAGAGAUAAGCAAGUGGUGUAGGGAAGUCGCGCGUGAACCGGGCGAAGAAGAUGCAGAAGAAAAAGACGCUAAUGCCGCAAUGAAGGAUGAGUCUCGGCCAGAGAUCGAGGAAUCUGUGUUUGUGGAGAAGGUGGGAGAGGCCCUAACCGUCCAUUUCAAGUGCCCCUGUGGCAAAGGCUAUCAGAUUCUUCUCGCUGGAAGAGACUGUUUCUACAAACUGAUGUAG